AUGGACCUCAUGGAGCUCUGGAGGUCUAGUAUGGAGGCCAUACGGCUGGAUCUGUCAGAUGCAGAAGUGCAGCUCCGGUGCUUCCAACGUGUUAGGCCGUCCGUCUAUGACUGGGACAGGUACAGCUGUUUGUCUGUUGGUCCUCCAAUUCAGCAGCGUUUCAGACAGAUUGUGAACGUGUGCCGAGACUGGGAAAAGUUGUCCUGGAACUGGAGGGUUUCGACCGAAGAGCUUCGGGACGGCUUGAGAAAUCUCUCACUUCGGCAUGGUGUUCCGAGCGGGAGUUGGGGCUUCUUGCUGCCUCCAGAAGAAAUGAAUCAAGUGUGGCCCUACAUUGCCGAGAAGUGCUUCCGACGAGAACUCGGAAUUGGCGCCGUAGUUGAGGAUGUCGUCGAAGAUGAAGAAGAUGGAGAAGAAAUGAUUUGCAAAGUCUUUGUGGAGAACUCGUAUGAUCCAGAAGAAACAGAGCAAGUAAAAAACAGCCUCUUGGCAAUUCUGCAGAGUCUCGUCACGGAAGUCGAAAUCGAACUUGUGCCAGAUGUCUACAUGUAUUGCGAGCUCUAUGUCGAGAACUCUCCAAACACCCUCUCAGCACUUGAGGUCUGCAAGAUGAAGGGGCUUCCCAGUCUUCCCAGUCUUCCCAAGGAAAGUCAGUAUGACCACGUUCAAGUUGCCGCCCUCUCACAGGCAAUUGAAGCAGGUUCUUUGGACUCGACAUUGGGAGAUGCUUCUCAGCAGGAUUUGUUGAACUCGAUCCACUUCGUUGCCUUGCAGCAAGAGGAAACACCUGUCCCGAUCGUCACUCUAUGCGCUGCGCUGCCUACGACGUGGCAUCAAGAGUUGACAAAGAAGGUGCUCCGUUCAAUCUCAGGUCUGGUGAAGCCUAAGAGUGCUGUUUUUUUUGGCAUGAAGAGCAAGGUUUUUGACAAACAGGAGUUUCUCCGAUUGCACACAGCUAAUUUCGAUUUUCUGGCUGACCUUUGCUUACACGGCGUCGCGGACCCUGGGCACGCAGCGAGCUUUGUCCGGAGACUGCUGUCAGAAGCGACCAACGCAAUCCUGCCAAGACAUGCGACUUGGGCGUUCCUGCUGCAGAACUUGGACAAACUGCUGGAGAAGUUACCUCAACACUUCGGUAUUCUGCUUCCUUUCCGGUCCCCGGAAAUCUCAGCAAAACAGCUCCGGAUCCUCAGCCUCAACGUGUGGUUCGAACAACGGGAUCGGGAGCUCCGCACUGCCAUCCUUCUGUCAACCCUCCGGAAGCUUGGUCCAGCGAUUUGUUGUCUUCAGGAGGUGACUCCGAAGGUUGCUAGAGACAUCGAACAUGCGUUUCCUUCAUGGUCCUCCUCAAAUCUUCUUGGUCUUGAAGGAGAGUAUGGUGUCAUGAUCCUGGCGUCUCCAGGGUUGUCUGUGCGAUUUUCCUGUCAUUCUUUACCGACUGAUAUGGAUCGGCAACUGCUCGUUGCAGAGUUUGAUGGCUUGAGUGUUGGCACCGUGCACUUGGAGUCCCUGGACAACCAAGACGUUCGAGAGUCACAGCUGGCAGUUUGUGCGGAAGUGAUGGAGCAGUGGCCUGACAUGAUCCUCGUGGGCGAUUUCAACUUCUUGGUAGAAAAGCAGGCGCGAAGAGGCCUCAACAAACUGCCGCAGUUUGUGGACCUCUGGCCGUCCUUGCGAGAAGAACCAGGGAACACUUGGCGGUCUCAUGGCAAAAACAAAAGGAGAAAUCGCUUGGAUCGUGUCUUGACGAAACUCUCGCGAUGGCAGCCAGUGGAUAUCGAGCUGAUGUUUGAGCAGCCUCAAGAUCCAGGAGCUGAAAUUUUGGCUUUGCUGCCUUCGAUGCAGAGCAACUCUGCUUGCAUCCACCCAGAUGUAAGCACUCAUCCUGCUUAUGUCAGUGACCAUUGUGGUUUGCUGGCCACUAUCGAACAACUCACAAGUUGCGCAGUUUCUGAAUCGCAUCGGCCAGGUGCUUGA